AUGGUGCUGGUCGGGAGAACCGGAGUUGGGAAGAGCGCAUCAGGAAACACCAUCUUAGGGAGAAAAGCCUUCGAGUCCACAUCCUGUUUCUCUUCAGUGACGUCACAGUGUCAGAAGGAAACGGGAGAGUUUGGGGGUCAGACUCUGGCUGUGGUCGAUACUCCAGGUCUGUUUGACACCAAAAUGCCUGAAGAGCAGGUGAAGAGAGAGAUUGCUAGAUGCAUCUCCUUCGCUUCUCCUGGUCCUCACGUGUUCCUGGUUGUGAUCCAGGUGGGCAGGUUCACCAAAGAAGAACAAGAAACAGUGAAGAUCCUCCAGGAGAUGUUUGGAGACAAAGCAGCAGCUUUCACCAUGGCCUUGUUAACCCACGGAGACAACCUGGAUGCAGAUGGAGUCGACUUGGAGACGCUAAUUACCGGAAACGAAGCCCUGCACCGCUUCGUCCGUCAGUGUCAUGGAGGAUAUCAUGUUUUUAACAACAGAAAAGAGGAUCCCUCUCAGGUCACAGAGCUGCUGAAGAAGGUCAACACCAUGGUCCAGAGAAACCGAGGACGCUGCUACAUCAAUGAGAUGUUCAUAGUGGUCGAGAGAGCCAUCAGAGAGGAGAAGUUCCCACACCUGAGGAUUGUGCUUGUUGGGAAAACUGGAGUUGGGAAGAGUGCAUCAGGAAACACCAUCUUAGGAAGAAAAGCCUUUGAGUCUAUAACUUCUUUUUCUUCAUCAGUAGUUGGGUGUCGCAAAGUAACAGGGCAGGUGGAUGGUCACAUCCUGGAUGUAGUUGACACUCCGGGUCUGUUUGACACCCUACUGACUCAGGAGCAGGUGAAGACGGAGAUCGUUAAAUGCGUCUCCUUUGUUGCUCCCGGUCCUCACGUGUUCCUGGUUGUGAUCCAGAUCGGCAGGUUUACAAAAGCAGAAGAAGAAACGAUGAAAAUCCUUCAGAAGAUAUUUGGAGUGGAUGCAGCCUGUUACACCAUAGUCUUGUUCACGUAUGGAGACAAUCUGCCAAACGGAGUCGACAUCGACAAAUCAAUCAGUGGAAAUCGGCCUCUGCAUCGCUUCAUCAAUCAGUGCGGAGGAAGAUAUCAUGUUUUUAACAACAAGAGUGAGGUUCGCUCUCAGGUCAAAGAGCUGCUGGAGAAGAUCAACACCAUGGUUCAGAGAAAUGGAGCAACAUACUACACCAAUGACAUGCUGCAGGAAGCUGAGAGAGCCAUCAGAGAAGAGCUGAGGAUGGUGCUGCUUGGGAAAGCUGGAGUAGGGAAGAGUGCAGCGGGAAACACCAUCUUAGGAAGAGAAGCUUUUCAGUCUUUUUCUUCUUUUUCUUCUGUAACAUUGGAGUGUCAGCAAGAAACAGCCCAGGUGGAUGGUCAUACACUGACUGUAGUUGACACUCCAGGUCUGUUUGACACCACCCUGUCUGUAGAUGAGGUGGUUACACAGAUUGUUAGAUGCAUCACCUUUGCUGCUCCUGGUCCUCACGUGUUCCUGGUUGUGAUCCAGUCGACCAGAUUCACAAGCGAAGAAGAAGAAACGAUUAAAAUUCUUCAGAAGAUAUUUGGAGAAGAUGCAGCACGUUAUAUUAUGGUCUUGUUCACGUAUGGAGACAACCUGCAAAAUGGAGUCGACAUCCACAGCUCAAUCAGUGGAAAUCGGCCUCUGCAUCACUUCAUCAAUCAGUGCGAAGGAAGAUAUCAUGUUUUUAACAACAAGAGUGAGGAUCGCUCUCAGGUCAAAGAGCUGCUGGAGAAGAUCAACACCAUGGUUCAGAGAAAUGGAGCAACAUACUACACCAAUGACAUGCUGCAGGAAGCUGAGAAAGCCAUCAGAGAAGAGAUGGAACGACUUCGGAGAGAAAAUCCAAAGAUAGCAGAAGAAGAAGCAAGAAGACGGGCGGAGAAGAAGAACAAGUUCCUGAAGGCUGCUGGGAUAGGAGCAGGUGUUGGAUUAAUAUUAGGACCAGUGGGAUCAGCCCUGGGAGCAGGAGUGGGAGUUGCGGUUGUAGCAGUGAAACAAGGAGAAUGCGUUAUACUGUAA